AUGCUCGCUAGGCUGCAAAAGAACUGGUUUUUAAUCGGGAUCGUUGUGGUGAUUAGCUUAGCUAAAAUUGCACCGUUCAUUGGCGCUAAAGGUGGGAUUUUAAAGCCCGAAAUUACUGUCAAGUACGUGGCUGUGUCAACUAUCUUUUUGAACAGUGGUUUGUCAUUGAAGACAGAAGAGUUAAAAAGUGCCCUUAGCAAUGUGCGAUUGCAUGUAUUUGUUCAGAGUUUUACGCUGGCCUUUGUCCCUGGUUUGAUGUCACUAAUAGUGAGAAUCUUGCAGUUUACGAGCUUGAAUGAAUGGCUAUUGAAAGGACUAUUGGUGGUGGGAUGUAUGCCUCCCCCAGUCUCAUCAGCCGUGAUACUUACAAAGGCUGUUGGUGGAAAUGAGGCAGCAGCGAUCUUCAACUCCGCGUUCGGAAGUUUCCUCGGAAUAUUCGUCACCCCUUUUCUACUGCUCGUGUUCCUAGGAUCCUCUUCUGGAGUUCCAUUUCUUUUGAUCGUAGCCCAGUUAUCCAUGACCGUGGUAUGUCCUCUGUUAGUGGGGCAGUUUUUAAGAAGGUACAUAAAGGACUGGAUGGAAGAGACCAAGCCUCCAUUUGGAACUAUCAGUAGCUGUGUUUUACUGUUGAUAAUCUACACAACAUUUUGUGAUACAUUUUCUCAGAAAACUGGAGACAUUGAUUCAACAGAUUUAUUAUCUGUUAUUGUCAUUAUUAUCUUAUUACAAUGUUGUUUAUUGGCCCUCACGUUUUCCUUGGCAACCAUGAAAGAAUCAACAUUUACCCCAGCGGACACAGUUGCUAUCAUGUUUGCUUCGACACACAAAUCUUUGACUUUAGGCAUUCCCAUGCUAAAAAUUGUUUUUGCGGGCUACAAGUACCUUUCAUUGAUCUCAAUUCCUCUGCUGAUUUAUCACCCUGUGCAAAUUUUGCUAGGUGGCCUGUUAGUUCCUGUGGUGAAGGGGUGGAUGUUAAGUGCACAACAGAAAGAAAAGGCAGCUGUCAAUGCAGCUAUAUAG